GCAAACAAAACGUCGCCUACGUCAUCAAACAUAGCUUCGUCGAGUUCAGGCAGUUCAGCGAAAAAAUGCUACAAUUGCGGAGAUGAUUCACAUUUUGUUAGAGACUGUCCACGCAAAAGGGUGAAAUGUUUCAAAUGCGGUGUAGAAGGUCACCGAGCAACAGAGUGCUCUACAGUUGGAAACUUAGUUAAGAUGGAGAAAAACGCAAACAUGAUGAAGACGAAAGCAGCAGUAAAGCCCAAUAAGAUAAGCAGUUUAACUUUCAAGGACAUUUGGAUGAAUGGAGUAUGUGUUUCGGCAUUAAUCGAUACGGGUGCAGAUGUAUGUUUGAUGCGAUACGAUACACUGUUGAUGUUGGAUUUGGACGUGAAGCUGACAAAGGAAAGAGUAUGCUUGGUCGGAAUUGGGGACAGUGAACUUACAACAAUAGGUAGCUUCUCCAUUCGCGUUGAAGUUGAUGGCAUAUGGUUAGAAAUGAAAUUCCAUGUUGCCAAAGAGACUGAUUUGAAGUAUGCUCUAGUAAUUGGUAACAAUAUUUUGAAGGAUGUCGAUCUGAUUGUAACCGAGGAUGGUGCGGAGUUCAGACAAAAGGAAGCAGGGAAACAACAAUGUAAGGUGCAACAACUGGCUGAUAAGCAUAGCGAGGAAAGCUCGGAUGGUGCUGAUGCUAAGGAGCAUGCAGCUGAAGCCGUCGAGCUGGAGACUAAGGUCAUGGGUGAGCACAAGCAGGUGCAAAAGACUAUGAGCCGAAACAGUGGUAUGCAAAAGGCGGUGGCUAUAGAGCACAGCGAGUACGUGAGCUAGCGCGCUGCUGUGGCUGAGGAGCCACGUGAGCAUCCACCAAUGUGGAACGCUAUGGAGAAGCUGUAUACUGAAGGCGCAGGCAAGAGCGCUGUUGUAGCAGGAAAAUCAGUGGCAG